AUGUCACUAACGGAAGCAUCACGACCCGGACUUUCGGAUGACUCCCUCACUGCCGUCGAGGACGCCAACAUCGAUGGCCACGGGAAGGAUUCGCUGGAGGGCACCACGAACCAUGCUACCGUGGAACCUUCUCAGUACGAGUAUAGGACAGACACGGGUAGUCCAAAGCAAAUCUUAACUCAAGAAGACGAUGCCGUGCGUUUGGAGCCCACGGUGCUACAUCCGAGCGGACGUGGAAAGGUGCGAUUCGAUAAUACAAAAGCGUUGCUCGACAAUGUGUUGGCCAAGAGAUCUGAAGUCACCAAUGAGCGUGGCAAACUAAACCAGCGGUACCUAGAGAUCUAUCAUGCAGCACAAGUCCUCUGCGAUUACGGUGUCAACUCAUGGUCUGCGCCGGCUGACAUCGAGCAUACUCAGAAGCUGCAAAGCGACUUCAAGGAGCUUGUUGAAGCGAUGCAAGCCCAAGAAAAGGUUCGUAUGGCUGCCAUCGACAGUCUCACUUGGCUCGAAAUAGAACUGUUCCAAGAAGAACGUACUUUGUCGAAAGCGUUAGAAUUCCUUCCGGAGGCCCAGUACACGUCAGGGGCGAGACAACCCAGCCCGUCCAGGAAGGUCACGAAAGCACCAUCGGUAGGCGAGGUUGAUCCGCUGCUUCUAGCCUAUCAAAACCGUAAAGGCGACGAGAACAUUUGGCGUGAACGAUUACAAGAACUUCAAUACAAUCAUGGACAGGGUCGGGAACAGCGAGAAUUUGUGAAAGACAGGGGCGACUUCCACUUACUCCACAUGACGGAUGAACAAUUCGAAGCACAUUUUCAGAGACGACGUGCAACUAUUCUCCAGAAUCUUGAAUCAGCCGAAAAGGAUGCGCUCGCAAUAGAGAAGCAAUGCCGGGCGAAGAGUCUACUGAUCGAUGGCGACCAGCCGGCCUCCUCCUCGAUCGCUGGUGAAUCGGUCGAGAGCUCGGCUGCACACGAGCGGCGAAGCUCCAGACACAGAUCUCGUCUUCCUUCGGGCUCGAUUGAUGCAUGGUCUCCGGAGCUGGAAGGAGAUGUUCGACCAUUGGAAGCUGUGACAGAUUGGCUAGAAACAAUAGAUCCUGAUGCAGCGGCGAGCAUUGCACCUUCCAUGUCCGCAGACUCCGAGUCAUCGUCGCUUUACGAGGCCCUGGACCCGAAAUAUGAGGAUAAGACGCAGGCCUCACGUCCAUUCGGCGACGAGCUCGACGACAUAGCGUAUCCUGAUCAUGGGGCUAUCGCGAUGGGUGGCGAAAUAGAGACUGAUCGACCACUAAGAAUGAAGGCGGAAGAGAGUAUUGUCUUGGGAGUGGAAGAUUGGACUCUCACUUCACCACAAAAAGCUCCAUCAACUCUGGAUACGGAAGAAGUUCCCAAUCUGCCGUGGUCCGAGAGUGAAAAGGUUCAAUUGGUCGUCGAAUUGCUCAAAGCGUCAUUUGCUCCUACAACGCUACUCUAUGAUUUGUUUUCCCGUCUGGGCGUGCAGCCGAACAUGGAACUAUUGCAUCUGCCCAAAGGUCCGUCCAUCUAUCCGGAUGGUCAAAUCGUCGUGCUGGACCUUGGCUUUCGCAUGGUCUUGCGACUCGUACCUAGCGAGCGAAAAGAUUCAAUAGUUCGCUCAGGGCUGACAUUCUUCUAG